AUGGCAACUGUUUUGGCUAGCAUGUGGGGCUUUCUCAGCCUUCACUUUUGUAACGGCUAUGAAGAGAUCGACAAAAACAACUCUGAGGCUAGAAAAUGGCUUGCGAACUUAGGGCCACAAGAGAGAUGGACAAAACACAAAUUCGAUCCUGAACAGAAGUGUGACAUUAACAAGACAAAUUUUGUGGAAAGCUUCAAUGCAACACUGGGAACUGACAGGUGCAAGCCAGUGUUAACUAUGUUAGAGGGAAUUAGAAGAGUCACAAUGGCUAGGUUAGCUGCAAGGAGGCAGAAGUGUGAAGAUUGGGAGAAGUUGUAUCCAAACAUUGUGAUGAGAGUUCAAGUGUUGUGUAAUGAGAGUAGGUUUUGCAGGGCUUUGAUGUCUAGUCCAGUGCAGUAUGAGGUGAUGGAGGGUAAAUCAACACUGUUAGUAAGUUUGAACCAACACACAUGCCUUUGCAAUGUGUGGCAACUCACUAGCAUACCAUGUAGGCAUGGAAUGAGAACUAUUUUUCAUGAAGGUUUUGAUCCACAGUCGUUUGUUCAUGAAUGGUAUUCAGUGCAGAAAUAUAAGUUGGCUUAUGAUCAUAGCAUUAAACCAAUCCCUGACCAAGAUAAGUGGCCAGCUACCGAGCACCCUACUAUACUACCUCUUGUGAUUAAAAGAGGUGCUGUUAGGACUUGUAGGAACAGAAAGAGAAGUGAUCAUGAAGAGAGGAAGAAAAAGAGGAGCAAAAUAGUAAAAUAUGGGAAGUGUGGAGAUUUUGGUCACAACAAGGCCACUUGCAUGAAUUUGAUCACAAGAAGGCAACCAAAAAGACUGAUGAAGCAUCAACCUCUAAGAGCAAGGGGAAGUCAGUCCCAAAGCAGAAGGCAUCAAAGAAGGAAAAGGGCAAGACUAAGUGAAUAG